UAUCUCAUUCUCAGGCAUUUGCAUGUAAAAACAUAAAUCACAGAAAACUAAAUUCUGUCAAAAUAAAGAAUACAGCAACAGUUCGGGAUUACAGUGAAUUAUGAGUUUAGGGCAAGCCGCGUGGAUAAAGCGAUGGGAAACAGCCUGGAAUAUGGGGGAAUCUAUGGAAAAGCUACAGAGUUGAACAAGUUGAAGGAGAAAAGUUUGGGCAAACCUUAGCCCAUUUUCUUCGUGCAUGGAUGCGAUUCGAGAGGACAUGUAAGGUCAGAAUGCAGGAGAGUUCUCUCACUUUGUUUACUGCAUAAUUCACUCUCGUUUUAGUGUAAACACUGGCCUCUUGUUUUAAGACUCUUAAGUGGAGUAGAGAGAAAAAGCCUUUCCAGCAAAUUGUGUCUAAAAGUGUAGCCUAUUGUACUAGCUAAAUUGAAAAGGGGUGAAAGACUAGCCACUGCGAAAGAAAAAGUGCUUUACCACAAUGAAUUAACAAAAGGAGAGAAACUAACAAAAGAAAGACAUGCACAAUGGCAGAAAAGGAGAAAGAGAAGGUGUAUCGCAGUGUCUCUUUCAAAAAGUUUGAAAGUUGGAGCUCAAACAAAAGUCGCUGUGAAAAUCAACAAAACAAAUCAAAGGAUUUGGAGGGCAGUAGCGGAGCCCUUCCCCCUCCAUCUACGGCUGUGGCAGCGGCAGAGAAAGCGCUGCCCUCGGCUAUGCGUAGUGUUAGCGUGUCAAGGAAAGUUUCCAAAAUCUCCGCUGCCAGCCUCUCCACCGCAGAGCUAAAGAAAGCCUCUUCCACUCCUCUCUCCUCCAUUUCUCCCUCUAUUCGCCAACUAACUGAAAAGUUCAGUAGCACUAAUUCGGCUCGGACGCACGGAGCCCCGAGCCCUGGCAUUAACGUGGCCGGGAAAAGCACAACUUUACCCCGAUUUAAAAGCAGCAGGGGUGAGAUAUCCCCGUCUCGGAAGUUAUUCCAUGAGGACAGUGGAUAUUUACAAGUUACUGACACGGUUGUAACAGAGUCUCCGACUGACACUAAAGUUCAGCAACAAAAGUCUUAUUCAGGCACAGACUCGGUCUCUGGGUCGGAUUCGGAUAGAAAUCAAAAAUUGAUUUAUACUCGCAAAUCUGCUCAAGGCAGCAGCGUUGGGACCGAUAAAAGAGAUUAUUCCCAAAUUGAUCCGUCUAUCUCUGAUAACAAUAACUGCAGUAAGACUUUGAAUGCUGAGGAUGAUGUUUUUGUCAGUGCAGCGCCUGCCUGCAAGUCACACAGGAGCUAUUUCCCAACUCACCAUGGAGAUCCUCCUGUUCAUGUUGACCUAACCAACUGGCCCAGUGUCACGAAAAUCAGAGAGCUUUUUGGGGACAGGCACAGAAAGAAGCACCGGUCCACCUCUGAUGCAGAGGAUUUAAAAUCUGCUGACUACCUCCAGCACUCCGCCAGCUCUAAAGAGAACUCUGUAUCAGACAGAAGCGACAGGCAGUCUCCCAACAGCCUAACCCCUGAAGCCAAUUGCCUCUCACUGUCAGACAGACACCGCAGCAGGGCUGCCUCCCUGGACAGAGAGAGGAGACACCAGGGCAUGGACUCAGCCUUUCACCCUGACCAGCACUACUCAGACGAGGCAGAGAUUGAGCCAGCCAGCACUAGUAUUAGUAGAAGUGGUAGGUUUCUUAGGGUGGCCCAGCCAUCAAACACGCACAGAGCCCACAGCCCCAGCAGUGGAGGAGAGGGGCCUGAGACCUGGACAUCUAGUCGGAACUCUGACACUCCACCCUCUGUCCUCGCCGUUGCCCCCACCCCCCCACCUCGGAGCAGCUCCGUGGGCCUCUCCUCCUCCCGUAUCUGCCCCUCUGUAGAGCAGCGGCAGAGCCAGGGGGCCGGGCAGCCCAGGGAUAGUUUACAUUCCUCAAAUAGCUCCUCCAGACCGGUGGCCCCUUCCUCUGAUAGAGCUUCAGCCAGGGCAACCAUCACAGCCCGCUGGAGGUUCAGCUCAGGAGACGAAGAAGAGGAGUACCACCGAGCAGGAGGAAGGAGCGCUCCCUCGUUAGGUGUCAGCGGAGGUUACCUCUCCCAUGGAAAGAAUGGUUGGUGGGGUGGAAAGGUCCUCGGAAGGUCUUCAGGCAGUGAAGAGGACAGUCCUGCAUCACUAGGACCCAGCCGAGACACCAUGAGACGCCGUUCACUGAGGAAGAAGAAGAAGAACAGUGAGGUUGCCGUAGCAAUGGGGCGAGAUAAUGGCGAAUCAGACGACAGCGACGACGAGCAGGCAGGUAUGAUGGAACACCUGGAGAGACACCAACAGAACACCGCCGCCACGGCAGAACAGACUGGGAGCUCUCGGAACCGGCUCAGAGAACCCGAAGGCUCUAGAACCCGUGCAGCGCAGAGGGGACGCAAUUCCACUCCUAACCAGAUGGGGGCGCAGGAGAGCUACAGACGCCAAUACACCUCAGGGGGGCCAAGGACAUCAUCUCCCUUGACCACGCCCCUCACAGGGGUAUCACGGGUGUCAAAGGUCAACAUCUCAUCAUUUAUUUCGAGUCCCGGUGGCUCGCAGAGCAGCAGUAGAUACUCUAGCACAGAGACACUGAAAGAAGAGGACCAAGCUAGCUAUGCUAAUAGAAGGGCUAACUCUAACACUACUACUACUACUACCACACCAGGCAGUGUGGUUGGUGCAUCCUCCUCCAUGCUCAGUAAGACCUACCACGGUAACUUCACCAUGUACCGCUCCCCCAGCUUCGGACACGGGGAUAACUUAUCCCGCACCCCUGUUAGGGUCUGUCCCCGCGUUCUUCCCACUGUCAAUCCCCCAUCUCCAGCCACAGGGGACACUCGAGGGGUUACUAGGGAGGAGACUACAGUGUUCAGGCGGUUGCUAAGUGGUGGCGUAGUCGGUGAUACGGACAGGAACAAGAUGUCGAUGUCAAAUCCGGAUAUCGCCUCGGAAACAAUGUCCCUCCUCAGCUUCCUGAAAAGUGACCUAUCAGAGCUCAGAGUUCGGAAGACGGACAGGUCAGGGUCAGGGGUUACUGAGGGGUCAUCUGCGGUGUACAGGAUGGGGUCAAGAGGUCUCCACCCAGGACUCCGCCCUUCAUUAAAGGACCUCACUGCAACUCUCCGACGCGCCAAAUCCUUCACUUACUCUGAUAAACCAGUAGAGAGGCAACAUUCAGACGGGUCCUCGGCCAAAAGAAGCUCUUCUGAGCAACGUCUGGAUCUAGACGGAGAGCGUGAUGGAGGGAGGGGGGCGGUGCCUGACAGAGAGGUGGCGAGUGAUGGAGGGGACUGCAGAGCAGGGGGUUAUGGGGAUGAGGAAGUGAUGCCCAUGCCGCUGCAGGACAGGUAUGUCCAGGAGGCCAGACAGGUGAUCAGAGAUAUCUGCCAGAUGAGCGCUCGCGAGGAUGAUGAAGAUGUGCUAGCGACAGAUUGCACUGAGGAUGAGGGUUUCAAAAGAAAAGAAGUGGAGGAACAGGAGAUACAUGAGAGGGAGGGAGGUGAAUUGAAAGAUGAGGAGAGGAGAGCUAGAGAGGCUGAGGUUGACAUUGGGGCAGCCUCCAUUUCAGGGGAAAAAGAGAAGCGGGAAUGUGAAAACAGAGAUCUAGAGAAGUGCCUACAGAAGGGAGAUUCUGAGGAGAACGUGUUUUAUGAUCGAUCUGUUGAUGAGCUAUCGGGUCACGAGUCGAGCCUCACAGAUGAGGGCAUAGUCACAGAACCAGAGACUGGACUGGGUGACCCUGAGAGGUUAUUUGUGGGGUCAGGUUUAGGAUCAUCUUUGGCCAGAGAUGUGCUGGGUCAACCCCUGACUGUCUGGAAGCAGUCUGCUCUGCAUCAGGAGGAAUGGCCAGGGUUAAACGAGGGAAUGAGAGAGGGAUCAGGGUUACACGCAGGAGCGGGUAAGAAACGAGAGAACCCUGUCUCUGUUCCUGCCCUUGGGGCUGAGACUGAGAGCGUUGCUGUAGUAACAGAGAUGAGCGGCAUCAACAACAACAACAACAGUACUAGUGGGAGGACCAAUGUAUCCCAGAGUGCCUCAGCCCCAGGACUUGAGGCUCCUCCCACCCCGAGCGCUAUCCGCCGCCGCCGUAAAUUCUCCUCAGCCGGUAACACAGGCUCUGACUCCAGUAACGGCAGCAAUGGGGAGUCGAACGGGGAUCCUACUGUUUACCGUUCGCUAAGCGACCCCAUGCCUCACCGGCGCCGCUCUGUGUCAGAAGAAGGGAAUAACAGUUUCUCUGUGGAUAGUAACCUGCUGGGGUCGCUCUCUCUCUCCUACAAGGGGGCAGGAGGAGUCGGAGGAGGAAGUGUCCCAGAGUCGUCCUCUGCAGCCGAUCUAUCAGAGUGCACGGGCAGCGCUGCCAGCGAGCUAUCGGUGUGCAGCGACGGUGGUCUCCGUGACGAUAGUCUCCGUGACGACUACAGCAAUGUGAUCCGGAGCAUUGUUGCCGAGCCAGGAGCAAUGGACAGAUUGAUGACGGAUGACAAAAACAAUGGGAAAGCCACGAAGAAGAAGUCCUUCUCAGACCCCAGUCGCCGUGGUGAUGGCCCCCUGCUUGACGAAUCAGGGUUCAAAAGUCACCAUCACCCCAACGAACCAAUCAGUGAGCUGGAUCAGCUUGGUCAGAUCCCGCCCUCCAGCAGUGAGCCAAUCCUGAGUGAGCAGAGAGAUGAGCUGUGGGAGCUCGGAGAUGAACGUGGACGCCCAUUAUGUAGUCGCCAUGGCAACAAUGAAGGUGGAAAACUCCGCUCCCAAUCAGAAAGGGAGCUGCACUCCUGUCUCCAUGGUGAUGACACAGACGGAGGGGGACAAGGGGAGAUAUUGAACUUUGACCCCAAACUAGCGGAGGUUCUAUCUCCCAGAAUGGGCCGGCGGACCUCCAGGAAACGCCCCAACCGGGUCAUGCAAACAGCAUCAGAGGAGCUGGACCACUCGGAACCAGGUCCGGAAGACCACGGUCCAGAGGAGAGUCAGGCUCAAGACCAGACUGAUCUCAACCCCCCACUGCCCCCGCCCCCCCCCAAAUCCAAAGCCAUGUCUAAGCACGUCCGCCACGCCAGCGAACCUGCCACCUUCAUCCCCAUCUCCCCACCUCCACAGCCCCAGCGAGCCCAGGCGGACCCGCCUGCCCUGCUAACCGCCUCUGAACCCUCCAUCCUGGGUAAGCCCACCGGUGAGGAGGCCCCCUCCCUGGAGGAUGUGACCAAGCGGUAUAUUCUGGCUCUGAAUGCUCCUGGGGGCGAGGGGGAGCCGCCUGGGCCUGGGCCUGGGUCUGGGCCUGGGUCUGGAGGAACGGUGCCUGUAUCAGACGGGUCUAACUCCAGCCCAGCUGCUCCUACUGGUGCCAGAGAACCCAGACUGCAGAGGAAGAGCAGCGAGGAGCUGACCACACCAGCCCCACAGAGAGCCAAACCCAGAGUGGAUAUGAGAAGACAUGUCGUGAUGACCCUCCUGGACACUGAGCAGUCUUAUGUGGAGUCGCUCCGGACACUCAUACAGGGCUAUAUGCGGCCUUUGAAGCAUUCAGACAGUGGAUACCUAGUUGAUCCCUCAUUGGUGGAUGAGAUGUUCUAUCAGAUCCCAGAGAUCCUGGAGCACCAUGAGCACUUCCUGGAACAGGUCACCAGCUGCAUCAGCCAAUGGCACGACAAACAGACCGUGGGUCAGCUGCUUAUCCAAUCGUUCUCCAAAGAGAUUCUUGCUAAUAUUUAUUCAGCAUACAUCGAUAACUUUCUGAACGCCAAAGACGCAGUGAGGAUCGCAAAGGAGGCGAAGCCAGCAUUCCUCAAGUUCCUGGAGACCAGUAUGCGUGAGAACAAGGAGAAGCAGGCCCUGGGUGAUCUGAUGAUCAAGCCUGUCCAGAGAAUCCCCCGUUAUGAGCUGCUGGUCAAGGAUCUGUUGAAGCACACUCCUGAGGAACAUCCAGACCACCCGUUGCUAUUGGACGCCCAGAGAGACAUCAAGCGAUUGGCUGAGAAGAUCAAUAAGGGGCGUCGCUCUGCGGAGGAGGUGGAGAGAGAGACACGCGUCAUGCAGGAGAUAGAGGCCCACAUCGAGGGAGUGGAACACGUCAGAGAUAUCCUUAACCCAAUGAGGAAGUUCCUGAGACAGGAGAUGGUGGUGGAGGCGAAGACCGUGGGGGGUAAGAAGGACCGUUCUCUCUUCCUCUUCAGUGAUCUGCUCAUCUGCACCACACUGAAGAGGAAGUCUGGAUCCCUGAGACGCAGCUCCAUGAGCCUGUACUCUGCUGCCAGUGUGAUCGACACUUCCAGUAAAUAUAAAUUCCUGUGGAAACUUCCCCUAGAGGAUGUGGAGAUGGUGAAAAGCCCCUCUCAGGCAACCAACAAAGAGACCAUCCAGAAGAUGAUUGGUCGACUGGACGAGGACCUGAGUACACUGGGACAGAUCAGCAAACUAUCAGAGACUCUCAGCUUCCCUCACCAGUCUCUGGAUGACGUGAUAAAGGACCUGAUGGCGUCGGUCCACAGGGAGCUAGCAGAGAAACAGUCUCUAGCCUUCAGUAUGACCUUCCUGCCCACCAAACUGGAGCUCACCACCGCCUCGGCAGAAACCAGCUUCGUCUUCGAGUUCAGCUCCCCAGACACACGCAGCAACUUCCAACAGGCCUUCGAAGAUGCCAAGAAGAAACUGGCAAUGAAUAAGGAGCAGUGGGACCCAGAGUUCCUGAAGGCUAUCCCCAUCAUGAAGACUCGUAGUGGGAUGCAGUUCUCCUGUGCCUCCCCCAGCCACAGUUGUCCAGAGAGCAGCAGUGAGGUGUGGGUGUGUAACAGUGAUGGCUACGUGGGCCAGGUGUGUCUGCUCAACAUCAGAGACCAGCCCACUGUAGAGGCCUGCAUCGCUGUCUGCUCCGCUAGGAUCAUCUGCAUCGCUGCUGUCCCUGGACUCAAGGGGAGGGAACGUGGAGUGGAGCCCUCCCCUGCCCUUCCCCCUGGAGCUGUUGACUCCACCCCAUCCCAGCAGCAGCAGCUACACAUCUCCAUCUCUCAUUCGUCGCUGGAGCUGACUGAGCCCCCUUCAGGGGCGGGGCCUGAGUUAGUUCCGUUUGACAGUGAUGACACGGACGAUGAAGAUUCUCCAAGCCCCUCCUCCACUCUGCAGAGCAAAGCCAGUCACUCUACUGUGUCAUCCAGCUAUGGCAAUGAGGAGGGGUCUGGUUCUAAGGACAUGGCUACAGAGACCACCAGUAGUGAGGAGGAGCAGGAGUACCCAGAGGCCAGUCCUUAUGGAGCUCCAGGCAGGCUAGGGGUGGGUGGAAGAGGUCGACCCCACAGCAAGAGCCCCAUGGACGGAAGAGCCAUGCGUCGCUCCUCCCGGGGAUCCUUCACUAGAGCCAGUCUGGAGGAUCUGCUCAGCAUUGACCCAGAGGCCUACCAGAGCUCUGUGUGGCUGGGCACAGAGGACGGAUGUAUCCAUGUGUACCAGUCAUCAGACAACAUCCGCAACCGUAAGAACAGCAUGAAGAUGCAGCAUUCUGCCUCCAUCCUGUGUAUCCUGUACCUGGACAACAAGGUGUUUGUGUCCCUGGCCAACGGAGAGGUGAUCGUCUACCAGAGGGAGGCGGGGAGUUUCUGGGACGCCCAGUCAUCUCAGACGUUGAGUCUGGGCACGCCCAGUAGUCCUGUCACUAAGAUGGUCCCGGUUGGGGGGAAGCUGUGGUGUGGUUCACAGAACCGUGUUCUCAUCAUCAACACAACCACACUGGUGCAGGAGCACUGGUUCCAGGUGGGCACAGACAGCAGUAGGUGUGUUACCUGCAUGGUGAGCUAUGGCCAGGGGGUGUGGCUGGCACUCCAGGGUAGCGCCCAGAUCAGACUUUACCAUGCCCAGACCUGGGACAGCCUGACCGAGGUGGACGUGGCUCCCGCCGUGCACAAGAUGCUUGCAGGUUCGGAUGCGAUCAUCCGGCAGCACAAGGCAGCGUGUCUGAGGAUCACAGCUCUCCUGGCCUGUAAGGACCUGCUGUGGAUCGGGACCAGUGCAGGGGUGGUCCUGACCCUGUCUAUCCCAGCCGUCAGCUCUGGGACGGUGUCAGGGACGCUGCGGUCACCCCUUACCCCCAUGGGCUCUGCUCACGGACACACUGGCCAUGUGAGGUUCCUCACCUCCAUAGAACUACCUGAAGGCUUCGACGUCAACUUCCCCCUGCCCGCCUAUACCACAGGCAACCCAGCCCAGAGUGGUGUUGAUGGGGGUAAUGGGGGUCUGCAGAGGCGGGACUCCGCUCACCGACGAGCCUCCACCCUCCUACCCGUGAAAACCAAUCAGCUGGUGAUCUCAGGUGGCGACGGCUACGAGGACUUCCGUCUGACCAAUAGCAGUGAGACAGUGGGGCGGGACGACAGCACCAACCACUUACUGCUGUGGAGGGUCUGAGCCAAACAGCCGGCCCCAUUUAUCAAAGCCCACCCCCUCAGCACCAGCAACAUACUGCUCUGGAGGGUGUGAGGCCAAGCCCCCUGGCCCGGGUCUGAGCCAAUGAGAGUCCCUUUUAAACCCCACCAUCAGCUGAAACCGCACACAAACCCCUCCCCCUUUUAUUAGGUCCAGUUAUUUUUGUCCUUUGCUAGAUCUUCUGAUCUCUCUGUGCAUGGGUGUUGUUAGCCCAGACUGAAAAACUACAGGGUCGCUUCAAACCAGCUUUCUGUUGUUGUUUUAGUUUGUUCCGAUGCAACUGUGUGUGUUGUUAAACGCUGAGUGGUGUGUGCUUGGUGUUUCGGCAUGAAUCACCCUCCACUUGUACUGCUCAGUCUGUGGACUCUGUCAUAAUGAAACUCUACAGACUUUACUAGGAGAGAGGGAACAAGAGAGAGCGAGAGAGGGAAAGAGAGAGGGGAAGAGAGAGGGAAAGAGAGAGGGAAAGAGAGAGGGAAAGAGAGAGGGAAAUAGAGUGUGGAUGAGGACAGACCGAUUAGGUGAAGGAUAAGGAGAGAGAGAGAUUGAGGCAGACAUGGUGAAAGGCGAGUGAUGGGAAGAGGAUUGUGAACUCUGCAAAAAGCCAAAUGCUGGACUGAUGGAAGUAACAAUGGAACAAGAAGUUUGAAGAAGGGCUGGAGGAAGGGGGUCAAACAUCCAUCUUUGGAUUCCUCUUUUUGGCCCACACCAUGCGAACACUCCAUCCUACGGAGGAGAGGAGAAAGGGAUAGAAAAAGGAGAUGAAGGAGACUAAAGAGUAACAUUAUACAAGUAACCAAUGUGCAAUCUAUGGCAAGGGUACCUACUAAGACUCUAUAAACACACACACACACAAUUUCUUCACUCGUUUGACAAAACACAGCUCGUCUCUCCAUAGCCUAUGACUCACACACCCAUACAUACACCUCUUUCUCACCCAUAAUCACUUUUUUUUCUAUUUAAAAAGAAAUGAAACAACAUCCCACUACUGCAGUGAAGUGUGUUUUAAAGCAUUUGUUUUGGGGGCUGUAGUAGGAGAGAUAUGUUUGUACAGUAUUUAUGUUUUUGAUUUUAGCUUUGUAUUUUUUACAGCACUUAAUUUAUAGAUGUAUUUUUCUCUCUUUCUUUGCCCCUAAGAGAUGGUGAUUUACAGGAGCUCUGACACACACACACACACACACACACACACACACACACACACACACAGCCUACAUAACAACACAAAUACACACACACACACAAACCAGUGUCCUCAAGUUCAGGGUCAAGUGGUGAUAGUGUUUUCUCUCUCCAAGCCACUACUCCCCUACAAACCAUCUGGGGACAUCACCUUCAACCACUCCUACCAAAUGCAUUAGCAUUAGGCUAAUUCCCCCACUGUGAGCCAAUGAAGAGGCUAACAGAUAAUCAGGCGCGACAGGUAGCCUAGUGGUUAAGAGCCUUGGGCCAGUAAACGAAAGGUCGCUAGUUCGAAUCCCCAUGCCGACUAGGUGAAACAAAUCUGACAAUGUGCCCUUGAGCGAGGCAUAACCCUACUUGCUCCUGUAAGUUGCUCUGGAUAAGAGUGUCUGCUAAAUGACUAAAAUGUAAAAUAUAAUCGGAUAACCUGGUCCUUUGAUACUCAACUGCUGCUAGCUGUGUCUCUGUGUAGACGUAUGUUGGUGCAGCAGCUUGUGUCACUGUGUAGACAAAUGUUAGUGGAGCAGCAUGUCUCUGUGUACUUGCUAAGUGCUCUGUACUUUAGCAAAGUGUGGAAUUAUUGUUGGUUAUUCUAUCAAUUUUAUUGAGCUGUCAUAUUGGGUAGACUGUGUGGAACCAUGUGGAUUUUAGAACUAAGUUCUUUCUACCCAUUAUAUUUCCAUGGUCCCCCACCCACCUCUGUUUUCACAGUAACUGCAUACUACAUUUAUAAACACAACAUUGUAGAAUAUGAAGUAAAAGACUUCCAUGCUAGCUUUCAUGUUAAUCAAGUAACAGAAUUUAGUAGAAUAUCACUGUGGCAAAGACAUUCAGAAUUGACCAUUCACACUACUUCUAAUCGUCACUAUAAUUUCAUGCUGCCAUCCUAGUAAAUUUCAGUAACUCUUGUAUGUAACCUUUCUGCCAGUGUGUGAAAGAAGUCUAUUGUGUAAUGUAAAUAUCGGUAUGUAUUGCCUUUUUUUCUGUAAAUAGUGCACCCGCUGUCCUCAAUUGUUGAUAUGAAUCUAAUGGCAUAUUUUUAUAUACUUGUCUAUGUUUUUUCUCCUCUGGCAUGCGCUGUCAGUCACGUAUAAAUUAUAACUGUCACAAAAUAAAUAAAAUAAAAAAGAGUAAGGAGACAGCAUCAAUGGUAAUACUUCAGUUGUCAUGCUUACUUAACAGUUUUUUCCUGUUUCUGUUUCUGUUUGGUCACUUCGGGUUCUUUGGAAUUAAAUAAUUUCACUGGUGCCUGACUA